AGGCAGGGGAAGAUCGCUUGAGUCCAGGAGUUUGAGGCUAAAGUGCUUCAUGACUGAACUUGUAAAUAGCCAGUGUACUCCAGUCUGGGUAACACAGUGAGACCCCAUCUGUAAGAAAUUUUUUUAAAAACAUACUUUAUGAUUACUUCUCAUUGUGUCAUACUGAAGGUUAAAAAGACGUAUAAUUAAGGGUCAGGGUUUAAUGAAAUGAAUACUGUUCAUGGCUUUUUUAAGGAUAUUCUUAAGGGAAACUGAUUUUGCUUACAACGGCUAUGUAACUGAAAAAUACAGUGACUACUACAACAUUUUGAAUUCUACUGCCUUGAUUUAUGUUAAGGCACUGUUUUAAUUUAGGAAUUUUAAGAUACAGCGUGCUUCUUCAAUGAUUAGUAGAAACACAGAUAUACGCAAAGAUUUUAUUACUUACAGGCCGGGGGGAGCAUCUGGCGCACCUGGAGGUCAAGGAAUGCAGUCAGGGAAAGAGAAAGAAGGACUCAUGAGCCAAUGCAUUCAUUGGGUUCAUGGUGUUUUCCAAAUAGCUUUCCCAAGAGGAAUUUCCACACUUUAAUUGGUGGGUUUAAAGCAAGCAUGCACAAAUUUGAGGACAAGCUUGUCAGCCCAGAAUGGCUUUGAAUGUGGCCCAACACAAAUUCGUUAACUUUCUUAAAACAUUGUGAGAUUUGUGAUUUUUUUUAAGCUCUCAGCUAUUGUUAGUGUAUUUAAUGUGUUGCCCAAGACAAUUCUUCUUCUUCCAUUGUGGCCCAGGGAAGCCAAAAGAUUGGACACCCCUGUUCUUGGAAGUCAUGCUGUGACCGAGGUAGUCACUGUGGCAUAUCAGCACAGUCCAUGUAGGACGUCAGGGUCAGCAGGGCCCGUGAAGCAGGCUGUAUGUAUUUAUCCUAUGGGAAGGUGGGCACCAGGAGGAAGUUUUACACAAUAGAUACCUGGAUUGAUCACAUUGAGGAACUGGGAGGAGGUGUAGAACUGGAAACUGUGUCAAGGGUGACUGAACCCUGUUUCUGAUAUGAGAAAGUCCAACUUAUAUUCAAAAUAAAUGCUAAGACAACAUAAAAUUAUAAGAAUUUGGCCGGGCGUGGUGGGCCACACCUGUAAUCCCAGCACUUUGGGAGGCUGAGGCUAGCAGAUCGCCUGAGGUCAGGAGUUAGACACCAGCCUGACCAACGUGGGGAAAGCCCAUCUCUAGUAAAAAUACAAAAAAAAUUAGCCGGGUCUGGUUGCGCAUGCCUGUAAUCCCAGCUACUCAGGAGGCUGAGGCAGGAGAAUCGCUUGAACCUGGAAGGCAGAAGUUGCAGUGAGCCAAGAUUGUGCCAUUGCAAUCCAGCCUGGGCAACAAGAGUGAGACUCUUUAUAAAAAAACAAACAAACAAACAAACAAACAAAAAAAACGAAUACACUACAGGCACCUGCAGAUUUACCCACUGUUAACCCAUUUCCCAUUUUCCCCGAGAAUACUCGCUGAUGGUCCUUGCAGCUGCAGCCUUUACCCCAAGAUAACUCACAAAUUACAGUCCCGACCUAACCCCCAAAGUUUGUGUCUACUAUUUUAUUAUUUUUGCAUCACUCUAUUAUAUUGACUUUGGAAACAAAAUAUAUUAUUCUAUUUAUAGCAUUCUGUUUUUAGUAGUGGAAUUUCCACUUACAAAAUAUAGUAAUUCUUGACCGCUGAAAAUGUCAAAUCCUAGAAAACAUAGCAUUCCUAUGUGUGAUGUUAAUUCCGUGGUGAACUUAUGGCACUGAAAUGGUGUGACAACAAGGCGGUCACAAUGUUGUCAAUAUUCCACAAUGAUACUGCAAAUGAAGUAGACAACAGAUGGAAAGAGAACUAAGAAGCCAUGUGUCAUUGUGGAUUAUAACGAUAAUAUGGGAGCAGUGGACUUGGCUGAUCAGAUGCUCACUUCUUAUCCAGCUUAGCACCAAAGGUACAAGGUUUGGUAUAAGAUAUUCUUUCAUAGGCUGCAGGCAGUGGCCCAUGCCUAUAAUCCCAGCACUUAGGGAGGCUGAGGCAGGUGGAUCGCUUGAGCUCAGGAGUUCAAGACGAGCAUGGGCAACAUGAUGAAACCCUGUCUCUACAAAAAAUACAAAAAUUAGGCCGGGCACAGUGGCUCACAUCUGUAAUCCCAGCACUUUGGGAGGCUGAGGCGGGCGUAUCACUUGAGGUCAGAAGUUUGAGACCAGCCUGGCCAACAUGGUGAAACUCUGUUUCUACUAAAAAUGCAAAAAUUAGCCGGGGGUGGUGGCAGGGCCUGUAAUCCCAGCUACUCGGAAGGCUGUGGCAGAAUUGCUUGAACCCAGGAGGCGGAGUUUGUAGUGAGCUGAGAUCGUGCCACUGCACUCCAGUCUGGGCGAUGGAGCAAGACGCUGUCUCAAAAAAAAAAAAAAAAAAAAAAUAGUCGGGUGUGGUGGCAGUCACCUGUAAUCCCAGCUACUCAGGAGGCUGAGGCACAAGAAUCGCUUGAACCCAGGAGGUGGAGGUUCAUUGAGCCGAGAUUGUGCCACUGCAUUCCAGCCUGGGUGACAGAGUGAGAUUCUGUCUCAAAAAGAAAGAGAUUCUUCUCCACCUUCUAAACAUUAAAGUGUGAACUCCCACAUUCUGUUUAAGAAGGACAAUCCUGAGCACAUGAUUAGCCUUGUAAACUUCAGACUGACAGGCCAGGUGCAGUGGCUCACGCCUUUAAUCCCAGAAUUUUGGGAGGCCGAGGCGGGCAGAUCACAAGGUCAGGAGAUUGAGACAAUCCUGGCUAACACAGUGCAAACCCUGUCUCUACUAAAAAUAGAAAAAAUUAGCUGGGCAUGGUGGCAGGUGCCUGUAGUUGCAAAUACUAAAUAGCUGGGCAUGGUGGCGCACACCUGUAGUCCCAGCUGCUCGGGAAGUUGAGGCAAGAGAAUCGCUUGAACCUGGGAGGCAGAGGUUGCAGUCAGCUGAGAUCACGCCACUGCACUCCAGCCAAGGCAACAGAGGGAGACUCGGUCAACAACAACAACAACAAAAAGGUGGAGCACGGUGGCGCGGGCCUGUAAUCCCAGCACUUUGGGAGGCCGAGGUGGGCGGAUCACCUGAGGUCGGGAGUUCAAGACCAGCCUGGCCAACAUAGCAAAACCCCGUCUCUACGAAAUACACAAAAAUUAGCUGGGUGUGAUGGCAGGCGCCUGUAAUCCCAGCUACUCAGGACACUGAGGCAAGAGAAGAGCUUGAACCUGGGUGGCAGAGGUUGCAGUGAGCCGAGAUCACGCCAUUGCACUCCAGCCUGGGCAAUAGAGUGAGACUCUGCCUCAAAAAAAAAAAAAGCAAAGGGUGUCGCCUGUAAUCCCAGCACUUUGGGAGGCCGAGGCAGGCGGAUCACUUGAGGCCAGUUCGAAACCAGCCUGGCCAACAUGGUGAAACCUCGUGUCUACUAAAAAUACAAAAAAUUAGCUGCGCGUGGUGGUGGACACCUGUAAUCCCAGCUACUUGGGAGGCUGAGACAGGAGAAUCACUUGAACCCGGGAGGCGGAGGUUGCAGUGAGCCGAGAUCAUGCCAUUGCACUCCAGCCUGGGCGACAGAGACUCCGUCUCAAAACAAAAACAAAAACACCAAAAAUUAGCUGGCGGGCACCUGUAAUCCCAGCUACUCGGGAGGCUGAGGCAGGAGAAUCGCUUGAUCCCGGGAGGCAGAGGUUGCAGUGAGCUGAGAUUGCGCCACUGUACUGCAGCCUGGGCGACAGAGACUCUGGCUUAAAAAAAAAAGGGAAAGGAUGUUACAGAAACUCCAGAUACGACUUCCCUCCAGUGGUCUGAGUUGCGCGGCGCUUUCCCGCCUGUCCGGUAGGGCGGCGCUGCGCAGAAAUCCUCGGUCCCUCUGCGGAAGGCGCCGCUCUUGGCUUCGGCGGCGCCGCUGACGCUUGGAGGCGGUACUUCCUCCAGCAUUUGCCGCGAGUUAUUGGCAAGUUCACCUGCAGUUUGGGUUGUCGCUGUUGCUCGUACUGCGGUGUGCGACCAGCCAUGGAGCGCUCAGGGCCCAGCGAAGUGACAGGCUCAGAUGCGUCGGGACCGGACCCGCAGCUUGCGGUCACCAUGGGCUUCACGGGGUUCGGUAAAAAAGCUCGCACAUUUGACUUGGAAGCAAUGUUUGAACAAACUCGAAGAACAGCUGUGGAAAGAAGUCGUAAAACACUGGAAGCAAGAGAAAAAGAGGAAGAAAUGAACAGAGAGAAAGAAUUAAGAAGACAAAAUGAAGAUAUUGAGCCAACAUCCUCAAGAUCAAAUGUCAGAGAUUGCUCCAAAUCAUCUUCCAGGGAUACGAGCAGCAGUGAAAGUGAACAGAGUUCUGACUCUUCUGAUGAUGAGUUAAUUGGCCCUCCUUUACCCCCUAAAAUGGUAGGAAAACCAGUUAAUUUUAUGGAGGAAGAUAUCCUCGGUCCUUUACCUCCACCUCUUAAUGAAGAAGAAGAAGAAGCAGAGGAAGAAGAAGAGGAAGAGGAGGAAGAGGAAAAUCCUGUUCACAAGAUUCCUGACUCGCAUGAGAUAACGCUGAAGCAUGGCACUAAAACAGUGUCUGCUUUGGGUCUGGAUCCCUCAGGUGCCCGUUUGGUGACAGGAGGAUAUGACUAUGAUGUUAAGUUUUGGGAUUUUGCUGGAAUGGAUGCUUCUUUUAAGGCAUUUCGAUCCCUUCAGCCCUGUGAGUGCCAUCAGAUCAAGUCAUUACAGUAUAGUAACACAGGAGACAUGAUUCUUGUUGUAUCUGGAAGCUCUCAGGCCAAGGUUAUUGACAGAGAUGGUUUUGAAGUAAUGGAAUGUAUAAAAGGAGACCAGUAUAUUGUGGACAUGGCCAACACCAAGGGUCAUACAGCAAUGCUUCAUACUGGCUCAUGGCAUCCCAAAAUAAAGGGAGAAUUUAUGACUUGCUCAAAUGAUGCGACUGUGAGGACGUGGGAAGUUGAAAAUCCAAAGAAGCAAAAAAGUGUGUUUAAACCACGGACGAUGCAAGGCAAAAAAGUCAUUCCCACUACGUGCACAUAUAGUAGAGAUGGAAACCUCAUAGCAGCUGCCUGCCAGAAUGGAAGCAUACAGAUCUGGGACCGAAAUUUGACUGUUCAUCCUAAGUUCCACUAUAAACAGGCUCAUGACUCGGGCACAGACACUUCUUGCGUGACUUUUUCCUAUGAUGGUAAUGUCCUUGCCUCUCGUGGAGGUGACGAUUCAUUAAAAUUAUGGGACAUCCGACAAUUUAAUAAGCCACUUUUUUCAGCCUCGGGUCUUCCCACCAUGUUCCCAAUGACUGACUGCUGUUUCAGUCCAGAUGAUAAGCUCAUAGUCACUGGUACAUCUAUUCAAAGAGGAUGUGGCAGCGGCAAACUUGUUUUCUUUGAGCGUAGGACUUUCCAAAGGGUGUAUGAAAUAGACAUCACAGAUGCGAGUGUUGUUCGCUGCCUGUGGCAUCCAAAGCUGAACCAGAUCAUGGUUGGAACUGGAAAUGGAUUGGCUAAAGUCUAUUACGACCCCAACAAGAGUCAGAGGGGAGCAAAAUUAUGUGUGGUUAAAACCCAGCGGAAGGCAAAACAAGCUGAGACUCUAACUCAGGACUACAUCAUCACCCCUCAUGCCUUGCCUAUGUUCCGUGAGCCCCGCCAACGGAGUACAAGGAAACAGCUGGAGAAGGACAGACUGGAUCCCUUGAAGUCGCAUAAACCCGAACCUCCUGUAGCAGGCCCAGGUCGUGGUGGCCGAGUUGGAACCCACGGGGGUACUCUGUCUUCCUAUAUUGUGAAGAACAUUGCUUUGGACAAGACCGAUGACAGUAAUCCUCGGGAAGCCAUUUUGCGUCAUGCCAAAGCAGCAGAAGACAACCCAUAUUGGGUUUCUCCAGCAUAUUCCAAGACUCAGCCCAAAACCAUGUUUGCCCAAGUUGAAUCUGAUGAUGAGGAAGCAAAGAAUGAGCCAGAAUGGAAAAAACGUAAAAUUUGAAGAAUCUCAUUUGAGAGCUGUUUGCAUGAGUGGGAGGGAUAUGGGACAGGUUUUAGGGUUUUUUUUUUUUAUGCUCAUGAAAUUAAAAAUUCAUUUUUAUGAA